GCGCGCGAGCGGCAGAGAAUCAGGAAGUCACAGCAGCGAAGCGCACACAGACAUGUUUGAUCGCCGUGACAUGACGCGCGCGAGGGAGGAAGCGGCAGCGGCGGCCGGGGCCGGGCCGCGGACUCUGGCGCCGGCCUAGGGCUCGGGCGGGGAAGACCCGCUCCGGGCUGCCGGCCGCGCUGCCACUGCAGGCUCGGCGAGCCCCGCGCCUCUUUUUGUUCCGUGUCCCCCAGUAUCACUGUACUGACUGGCAGAGUCAGGAGAAGUAGAUGUCCACGCCCACAGACCCUGGUGCGAUGCCCCACCCAGGGCCUUCGCCAGGGCCGGGACCCUCUCCUGGACCAAUUCUUGGGCCCAGUCCAGGACCUGGACCAUCCCCAGGUUCCGUCCACAGUAUGAUGGGGCCAAGUCCUGGGCCUCCAAGUGUCUCACACCCUAUGCCGUCGAUGGGGUCUGCUGACUUCCCGCAGGAAGGCAUGCAUCAAAUGCAUAAGACCAUUGAUGGUAUGCACGACAAGGGGGUUGUGGAAGAUAUCCAUUGUGGAUCCAUGAAGGGCACUGCUAUGCGACCACCUCACCCAGGAAUGGGCCCUCCCCAGAGUCCGAUGGACCAACACAGCCAAGGCUACAUGUCGCCGCACCCGUCUCCGCUGGGAGCCCCCGAGCACGUCUCCAGCCCUAUAUCGGGAAGUGGCCCAACCGCACCGCAGAUGCCACCAAGCCAGCCAGGGACCCUCAUCCCAGGCGACCCGCAGGCGAUGAGCCAGCCCAACAGGGGGCCCUCGCCUUUCAGUCCCGUCCAGCUGCAUCAGCUGCGAGCUCAGAUUUUAGCUUACAAAAUGCUGGCCCGGGGCCAGCCCCUCCCCGAAACGCUGCAGCUCGCGGUCCAGGGGAAAAGGACGUUGCCGGGCAUGCAGCAGCAGCAGGCGGCGCCUCAGCCCCAGCCGCCGCCGCAGCCGCAGCCGCCGCCGCCGCCGCAGCAGCAGGCCCUUGUCAACUACAGCAGGCCAUCUGGCCCGGGGCCGGAGCUGAGCGGCCCGAGCCCCCCGCAGAAGCUGCCGGUGCCUGCGCCCAGCGGCCGGCCCUCGCCCGCGCCGCCUGCAGCAGCGCCGCCGCCCGCGGCCGCCGUGCCCGGGCCCUCGGUGCCGCAGCCGGCCCCGGGGCAGCCCUCGCCCAUCCUGCAGCUGCAGCAGAAGCAGAGCCGGAUCAGCCCCGUCCAGAAACCGCAGGGCCUGGACCCCGUGGAGAUUCUGCAGGAGCGGGAGUACAGACUUCAGGCUCGCAUAGCCCAUAGGAUACAGGAGCUGGAAAAUCUCCCUGGCUCUUUGCCACCAGAUUUACGAACCAAAGCAACUGUGGAACUGAAAGCACUUCGGUUACUGAAUUUCCAGCGUCAGCUGAGACAGGAGGUAGUGGCCUGCAUGCGACGGGACACGACCCUGGAGACGGCCCUCAACUCCAAAGCAUACAAACGGAGCAAGCGCCAGACCCUGAGGGAAGCCCGCAUGACGGAGAAGCUGGAAAAGCAGCAGAAGAUCGAGCAGGAGAGGAAGCGUCGGCAGAAGCACCAGGAAUACCUGAACAGUAUUUUGCAACAUGCAAAAGAUUUUAAGGAGUACCAUCGGUCUGUGGCCGGGAAGAUCCAGAAGCUUUCCAAAGCGGUGGCCACUUGGCACGCCAACACUGAAAGGGAACAGAAGAAGGAGACCGAGCGGAUCGAAAAGGAGAGAAUGCGGAGAUUGAUGGCUGAAGAUGAAGAGGGCUAUAGGAAACUGAUCGAUCAAAAGAAAGAUAGGCGUUUAGCGUACCUUUUGCAGCAGACCGAUGAGUAUGUGGCCAACCUGACUAAUCUGGUUUGGGAACACAAGCAAGCCCAGGCGGCCAAAGAGAAGAAGAAGAGGAGGAGGAAGAGGAAGAAGGCUGAAGAGAAUGCGGAGGGGGAGGAGUCUGCCCUGGGACCAGAUGGAGAGCCCAUAGAUGAGAGCAGCCAGAUGAGUGACCUCCCUGUCAAAGUGACUCACACAGAAACCGGCAAGGUCCUGUUUGGCCCAGAAGCACCCAAAGCAAGUCAGCUGGACGCCUGGUUGGAAAUGAAUCCUGGUUACGAAGUUGCCCCUAGAUCGGACAGUGAAGAGAGUGAUUCUGAUUAUGAGGAGGAGGAUGAAGAGGAAGAGUCCAGUAGGCAGGAAACGGAAGAGAAAAUACUUCUGGAUCCAAACAGUGAAGAGGUUUCCGAGAAGGACGCUAAGCAGAUCAUCGAGACAGCUAAGCAAGACGUGGACGAUGAGUACAGCAUGCAGUACAGUGCCAGGGGCUCCCAGUCCUACUACACGGUGGCCCACGCCAUCUCGGAGAGGGUGGAGAAGCAGUCGGCCCUCCUCAUCAAUGGGACCCUGAAGCAUUAUCAGCUCCAGGGCCUGGAAUGGAUGGUUUCUCUGUAUAAUAACAAUUUGAACGGAAUCUUAGCUGAUGAAAUGGGGCUGGGAAAGACCAUACAGACCAUUGCACUCAUCACUUAUCUGAUGGAGCACAAAAGACUCAAUGGCCCCUAUCUCAUCAUUGUUCCCCUUUCGACUCUAUCUAACUGGACGUAUGAAUUUGACAAAUGGGCUCCUUCCGUGGUGAAAAUUUCUUACAAGGGCACCCCUGCCAUGCGUCGCUCCCUCGUCCCCCAGUUACGGAGUGGCAAAUUCAAUGUCCUCCUGACUACUUAUGAGUACAUUAUAAAAGACAAGCACAUUCUUGCAAAGAUUCGGUGGAAAUAUAUGAUAGUGGACGAAGGCCACCGAAUGAAGAAUCACCACUGCAAGCUGACUCAGGUCCUGAACACUCACUACGUGGCCCCCAGAAGGAUCCUCUUGACCGGGACUCCCCUGCAGAAUAAGCUCCCGGAACUCUGGGCCCUCCUCAACUUCCUCCUUCCCACAAUUUUUAAGAGCUGCAGCACAUUUGAGCAGUGGUUUAAUGCUCCAUUUGCCAUGACUGGAGAAAGGGUGGACUUAAAUGAAGAAGAAACUAUAUUGAUCAUCAGACGUCUGCAUAAGGUGUUGAGACCAUUUUUACUGAGGAGACUGAAGAAAGAAGUUGAAUCCCAGCUUCCAGAAAAAGUUGAAUAUGUGAUCAAGUGUGACAUGUCAGCUCUGCAGAAGAUUCUGUAUCGCCAUAUGCAAGCCAAAGGGAUCCUCCUCACAGACGGUUCGGAGAAAGAUAAGAAGGGGAAAGGAGGCGCUAAGACACUUAUGAACACUAUCAUGCAGUUGAGAAAAAUCUGCAAUCACCCAUAUAUGUUUCAGCACAUUGAGGAAUCCUUUGCUGAACACCUGGGCUAUUCAAAUGGGGUCAUCAAUGGGGCUGAGCUGUAUCGGGCCUCAGGAAAGUUUGAGCUACUUGAUCGUAUUCUGCCAAAAUUGAGAGCGACUAAUCACCGCGUGCUGCUUUUCUGCCAGAUGACGUCUCUCAUGACCAUCAUGGAGGAUUACUUUGCUUUUCGGAACUUCCUUUACCUGCGCCUUGAUGGCACCACCAAGUCUGAAGAUCGUGCUGCUUUGCUGAAGAAAUUCAACGAACCUGGGUCCCAGUAUUUCAUUUUCUUGCUGAGCACAAGAGCUGGAGGCCUGGGCUUAAAUCUCCAGGCAGCUGAUACCGUGGUCAUCUUUGACAGCGACUGGAAUCCCCAUCAGGACCUGCAAGCACAAGACCGCGCUCACCGCAUCGGCCAGCAGAACGAGGUCCGCGUGCUGAGACUCUGCACCGUGAAUAGUGUGGAGGAAAAGAUCCUCGCGGCCGCAAAGUACAAGCUGAAUGUGGAUCAGAAAGUGAUCCAGGCAGGCAUGUUUGAUCAGAAGUCUUCAAGCCACGAGCGGAGGGCAUUCCUGCAAGCCAUACUGGAACACGAAGAGGAAAAUGAGGAAGAAGAUGAAGUACCCGACGAUGAGACUCUGAACCAAAUGAUCGCUCGACGAGAGGAGGAAUUUGAUCUUUUUAUGCGCAUGGACAUGGACCGGCGGAGGGAGGAUGCCCGGAACCCAAAACGCAAGCCCCGCUUGAUGGAGGAAGAUGAGCUGCCCUCCUGGAUUAUUAAAGAUGACGCCGAGGUGGAACGGCUGACGUGUGAAGAGGAGGAGGAGAAGAUCUUCGGGAGGGGGUCUCGCCAGCGCCGGGAUGUGGACUACAGCGACGCCCUCACAGAGAAGCAGUGGCUGAGGGCCAUUGAAGACGGCAAUUUGGAAGAAAUGGAAGAGGAAGUACGGCUUAAGAAGCGAAAAAGACGAAGAAAUGUGGAUAAAGAUCCUGCAAAAGAAGAUGUGGAAAAGGCCAAGAAGAGGAGAGGUCGCCCUCCAGCUGAGAAACUGUCACCAAAUCCCCCUAAACUGACAAAGCAGAUGAACGCUAUCAUUGAUACUGUGAUAAACUACAAAGACAGUUCAGGGCGACAGCUCAGUGAAGUCUUCAUUCAGUUACCUUCAAGAAAAGAAUUACCAGAAUACUAUGAAUUAAUUAGGAAACCGGUGGAUUUCAAAAAAAUAAAGGAAAGAAUUCGUAACCAUAAGUACCGAAGCCUGGGUGACCUGGAGAAAGACGUCAUGCUUCUCUGUCACAAUGCUCAGACGUUCAACUUGGAGGGAUCCCAGAUCUACGAAGACUCCAUCGUCUUACAGUCAGUGUUUAAGAGUGCUCGGCAGAAAAUUGCCAAAGAAGAAGAGAGUGAGGACGAGAGCAACGAAGAGGAGGAGGAGGAAGAGGAAGAUGAGUCAGAGUCAGAGGCAAAAUCUGUUAAGGUGAAAAUCAAGCUCAAUAAAAAAGAUGAGAAAGGCCGGGACAAAGGAAAAGGCAAGAAAAGGCCAAAUCGAGGAAAAGCCAAACCUGUGGUGAGCGAUUUUGACAGUGAUGAAGAGCAGGAUGAAAACGAACAGUCAGAAGCAAGUGGGACUGAUGAUGAGUGAUCAGUAUGGACAUUUUUUUCUUGGUAGAACUGAACUCCUUCUCCCCUCUCUCGUCUCCACUCAGUGAGUUCAUUUGUCAUAUGGGCACUGGGUUGUUUCUAUAUCAUUAUCAUCUAUAAGCUAGCUUUAGGAUAGUGCCAGACAAACAUAUGAUAUCAUGGUGUAAAGAAACACACACUCAUACACAAAUCUUUGUAACAUAUUGUGACCAAAUGGGCCUCAAAGAUUAAAACAAACAAAAAAGCUUUUGAUGGAAAAUAUGUGGGUGGAUAGUAUAUUUCUAUGGGUGGGUCUUGGUAAUGGUUUGAUUGUGCCUGGUUUUAUCACCUGUUCAGAUGAGAAGAUUUUUGUCUUUUUGUAGCACUGAUAACCAGGAGAAGCCAUUAAAAGCCACUGGUUAUUUUAUUUUUCAUCAGGCAAUUUUCAAGGUUUUUAUUUGUUCGGUAUUGUUUUUUUUUACACUGUGGUACAUAUAAGCAACUUUAAUAGGCGAUAAAUGUACAGUAGUUAGACUUCACCUACAUAGACAUUUUUCCAUUUUAUGCUCUAUGAUCUGAAAAAAACGCUUUUUGAAUUGUAUAAGAUUUAUGUCUACUGUAAACAUUGCUUAAUUUUUUGCUCUUGAUUUAAAAGAAAAGUUUUGUUGAAAUCGCUAUUGAAUAUUGCAAUCUAUAUAGUGUAAUGGAUGGCUUCUUUUGUCAACCUGAUCUCCUAUGUUACCAAUGUGUAUUGUCUCCUUCUCCCUAAAGUGUACUUAAUCUUUGCUUUCUUUGCACAAUGUCUUUGGUUGCAAGUCAUAAG